CCUAAUCUGAUACCUACCUGGUCAUUUACUCUUUGUGCAAAAUAUCAAGUAAAUAACACCCCCUGUACGACCAUCAAGACAAGCAGAGUCUGGCAUUGACCGUUCUUUCCAGGAGUGAAGUCCAGUCCGUUUGGACAGGACACCUGUGUGUUUAUGGCCAUGAGUCACGAGGGUGGUGUUUAGGUCAGGAGGAAGUUGUCUUGCUUUGCUCGGAACUCCGGAAACGUACACAUGGUGGUGGAGUGGAAAGGCCUGCUGCGUGGACAGUGCUCUCAGAGGGGGACAAACUGGAGUUCCAGCAGGCGUGGUUGAGGGGACGGCAGCACAGAGUGCACAGCAGCUCCUGGCCACACUUGCAGCCUGUCCCGCAGCGCAGACCCCGGCGGCCAUGGCCUCCAGGCAGGCUCCCCUCUGUGGCCUGGCUCCUUGCUGCCUCUGGCUCCUGGGCAUUGUCCUUCUGAUGGAUGCAUCUGCCCGGCCUGCCAACCACUCGUCUGCUCGAGAGAGAGCAGGUAAUAGGGAGGAAAAUGAGAUCCUGCCCCCGGACCACCUGAACGGGGUGAAGCUGGAGAUGGAUGGGCACCUCAACAAAGAUUUCCACCAGGAAGUCUUCCUGGGCAAGGACAUGGAUGACUUUGAGGAGGACGCAGAGCCUCGGAAGAGCCGGAGGAAGCUGAUGGUCAUCUUCUCCAAGGUGGAUUUGAACACCGACAGGAGGAUCAGCGCCAAGGAGAUGCAGAACUGGAUCAUGCAGAAGACGGCUGAGCACUUCCAGGAGGCUGUUGCCGAGAGCAGGGCGCACUUCCGAGCCGUGGACCCCGAUGGUGACGGCCACGUAUCUUGGGAUGAAUACAAGGUGAAGUUUUUGGCGACCAAAGGCCACAAUGAGAGAGAAGUUGCUGAAAAGAUAAAGAAUAAGUGGGACCUGAACAUCGAUGAGGAGACACAGGAAGUCCUGGAGAACCUCAAAGACCGCUGGUAUCAGGCGGACAACCCGCCCCCGGACCUGCUACUGACAGAGAGCGAGUUCCUAUCGUUCCUGCACCCCGAGCACAGCCGUGGCAUGCUGCAGUUCAUGGUCAAGGAGAUCAUCCGGGACCUGGACCAGGACGGUGACAAGAAGCUCUCGCUGUCUGAGUUCAUCUCUCUGCCUGUGGGCACUGUGGAGAACCAGCAGGGCCAGGAUGUUGACGACGGCUGGGUGCGGGAUAGGAAGAGAGAGUUUGAGGAGCUGAUCGACGCCAACCACGAUGGGAUCGUGACCAUGGCGGAGUUGGAGGACUACAUGGACCCCAUGAACGAGUUCAGUGCCCUCAAUGAGGCCAAGCAGAUGAUCGCUAUCGCUGACGAGAACCAGAAUCACUACCUGGAGCCCGAGGAGGUGCUGAAGUACAGUGAGUUCUUCACGGGCAGCAAGCUGGUGGACUAUGCCCGCAGCGUGCACGAGGAGUUCUGAGCCACCGCCGCAUCCCCUGCCCCCCUCCCCACCCCCCGCAGCACCUCUCGGGCUGCCCGCACUCUGAUUCCAGUGUAAUCGCUGCAUCUCGCUUCUGAGAACUCAGAGCCCUGCUGCCGGAGACACUGACCACAUCAGGGCGGCGGGCUCCCCCACCGUGGGAAACGACGAAGCUCCUGCUGUUCCCUCGAAAACUGAAAGGUGAAGCUUUGCUGGAAACCGGCAGCCAGUGACCAGGGUGGGGCGGGGUGCUGGGUAGAGCUAUGAGAGCCGCCCGCCCAUGGCCUUCAAUCUCUGAGGAGCAUGAGUAUUGGUGACAGGAAUCACAUUAAUUUACUUCAAAAUAUAGUUGCCUUUUUCUCUCA